AUGUUGCUAAACACUAGACGCAUCGCGGGGCACUGCGGCAGAUCGCCCGUGCCGAUAGGGCGUGCAGGGACCGCCCGCCAUGUAGCUCGCGCCCACAAGCGGCGCAGCGGCGUCGCCGCGUCUCCCACGCCCGCCCCGCGCUCCGCUGGCCUCGGCUACGCGGGCGGGCGGGCGGCGCCGCUGCCGCCACUGCGUGUCGCGCAGGCAGACCCCCAGGCAGCCGCCAGCGGCGCCGAGGCCGCGGGCCCCAAGGAGGUGCUCUCCAGCGUCUGGUAUGACGCCGGUGCCAUCCGCGUCACCGCGACGCGCGAUGACGCGGAGUACGUGGUCGAGGUGGCCGCUGACGUGGCGCGCCCGAUGGUGCUGCACUGGGCGCUGGACGACUGGGCGGCGCCGCCGGACGAGUUCCUGCCGCCGGGGACCAACAGGGUGGACGCCAAGGCGGUCCAGACGCCCUUUGUGGACGGCCGCACAGUAUCGCUCCGCUUCCCCGCCGACCGCGCCCCCGAGCGCGUCGUGUUCGUGCUCAAGGAGCUCUCCCCUGAGAACUGGAUCAACAACGGCAGCCAGUUCACGGCCCAGAUCAAGCCGCCGGACGCGGGGAAGCUGCUGGAGAAGGUCCUGAGCCUGGAGGGGGAGAACCCUGCAUGA